AGAUUUCGAUCUACGUAACCAAGUCAAGUUUAAUUCGUUUGAUAAGUUUCCUUUUUAAAAAACAAUAAUUUUAAAUAUCCAAUAAAUAUUUAUUUCAGUUAUCAAUCUAUUCGUUACCCUUAUUAUUAUAAACAUGGGCACCUUACAGUAUGACGAACCAAAAUCCAACCAAUUUGCGAGCUGGGAUACAGGCAUCACACCUACAACAUCGAUUGAUUUAGAAAAACCUCCAAUCGAACAAAAUUCCAACCUACUCACAAUUAUACAAAAGGAUGAGGUACUAACCAAUCGCCCCAUUAUACCAGCCACGAUAUAUGAAAAACUGGCGUUUUAUCGCGCAUACGUUUCUUCACCAAGUAAAACCCAAAUAAUAUGUACGCAGCAGGCUCAGUUUAACAAAUACUUAUGGUUCCACGUGUUGAACGUCUUCUGCAAAAGCUUGCCCAACACUUAUAUCUAUAUGUUCUUAAGUUCCUACGUGCCUGACCAUCAUUUGUUUCUAUCGAAGAUGGUACCGCUUGCUUAUGGAUCAAACUGGGCAUUUCUAGCGGCCAGUAUAAUUUAUUUAGUCUUAUACACCGAUACAGUGGUUCUUCUUUUGGAUUAUAUAGUAUGUGGUAUAUUUUUCAAAAAUCCUUGGAACAGAUGUUCUUCAGAAUAUGUAAGAAUCGGUGAAUAUGUCGCUCAAUGCUUGGACGUGGAGAACUUUUAUCAAAUAACAAAAAACGAAACGUUGGUCUUUCAAAAUGGCAUCUAUCUAUCAAACAGAAAUGUAUCAUUUCAGUUGGCUCCUAUUAUAUAUUAUAGACACCGAUAUGUGGACAUAUCAAAUACGAGCCUUUAUUUCUUAUUUCUUUGGAUCACUGCCGUAUUUAACUACAAGCAAUUGUACAAUAGACGUAUUUGGAAAAUGAUUCACAACGUACAAAUAAUUCUAACUGUAUUAUACAUAAUAACUUUUGGUCAUUUUAUGAUUACAUAUUUUGAAACCGAUCUCAAGGUCAUACCAAUACAUUUUGAUGAAUACGUCCAAAUUAUUUGGGCUGCUGAUACGGAUGUUUUGUCUGAAUCAAUGACCGCACCGCCGAUUGUGCACGUGUUGACGUCACGAAGUACUACAAAAAUUAAUCCGGAUCGCGAUAGCAUUGCAAUGAUCAUUUCUAAUUCCAUUUACUACUUGUUCAGAGGUUUACUAGGUUAUAGACUAAAAAUACAUUGUGAAAAUAUGGUGAAAUCUCCAAUAUUUUUAACAGAAUUUAAUCCGAAUUCGUAUCUAUUUUUAUGGCCAAUAUAUUUUUCCGCAUUUUACUUGGGAAAUUUUUACACACUAUUGUAUUUUACAUUGAGUUUCUUAAUGGAAUAUUUAACAAUAAUAAUAACAAUGCAAUGUCUGAUUGAGAUUAUAGUAUAUGAAUGGGGAUGGGCUAAGAGAGUAAUGGUGUCUAUUGCUUUGUGCGUAUUGGGAAUUCUGUACAAUUAUUUCACUUUUUUUGCUCUUCGCAUUUUGCUGUACAUGUACAGUAUUAGCUUGGUGACCCUAUUUGAAGUAUUAUUUCUCUACUGCUUAUAUCCCCUUGGUCGUUUGGUGGACGAUAUUACUUUCUUCCAUGGUGUGUCGCCUACAAAAUUUAGAAUUAUAAAUUUCCGUAUAGUACCUGUUUAUUACAUGAUAAAAAUGUAUGAAAUGUUUAAGGGAUUUUUUCACGUUUUUAGAUCUUCUGAAUUUGGAAAAUACUUGACGUUUUUUGAACUAAUAUUAUACGCAAUGUCAGCUCCUUUCAUAUUAGGAGCGAUAUACAUAACAUUUUUAUAUGUGUGUGUAAAGCAGAAGAGUUUUAAAUCCUUGAUUAAACCUCUACCAGAAUGGGGUCCAAGUAAUCUUUUUAUCAGGCAACUAAGAAAGCUAUAUGAUUCUCGAUAUUACGUUGGAUCUCAGGCACCAAGAAAACUAAGUCGUUAUUUGAUUCAACAGACGAGCUUAGACUCGUAUCGAUUGGAUAUUCAAUACGAUAACUACGUUCGGAAAUCAACAUUAAAUUUGUCCGAGGUAAAGAGUGAAGACGAGAAAAAACGUAAAUAAAAAUCUAGAAACUGUUUUAUGUCAUUAUAUUUUAAAUCGUAAAACCUUCUUUAUUCGACUUAUAGA